AUGAGUCGAUCCGUUUUGGAAUUUCAACUUCGUCUCUUUGAUGAAUAUGUUCAACAAGUGGAGAUCUCAACAACAACACAGGAAGGAAUGAACAAUUCCACAAGUAAUGUGGAUGACACUGAUCACAUGAUCGGAGGUGAAGCAAACACUCACGAGGAGAAACAAGAAAAGAAGAACACAAAGAAACAACUCCGAAAAAAAAGAGAUGAAAAGAAACAUGCCAAAGAAUCACUUUCUGACAAGGUGAAAAAAGAUUCAACAAAGAAAUUAAAUAUUUAUAAAGAAAAUGUUAAAAUUAUGAAAAGAAAGAGAAAACAAUUAUUGGCAAACAAACAAUCACAAUUAUUGGAAUUACUUACAAAGAAGUGA